AAAUUUCAUAAUUAUGCAGUGCGGAAACGAAGAGAUACCCCCAAAAAAAAAAUGGGAGCAAAGGGUUGGUUUAUCCUCAAGCUUCUAAUGUUUCAAGGUCUUUUCAUUUCACAUUCCCAAGAAGACUUUGAUUUCUUCUACUUAGUUCUUCAGUGGCCAGGAGCCUAUUGUGAUACAAAGCGUAGUUGUUGCUAUCCAACAUCCGGUAAACCUGCGGCAGAUUUUGGUAUUCACGGUCUUUGGCCUAAUUACAAAGAUGGUUCCUACCCAUCCAAUUGCGAUCCCGAUAGUGAAUUUGAUAAAUCUCAGAUAACGGAUCUGGUAAGUAGUUUGAAAAAGAAGUGGCCAACACUAGCGUGUCCGAGCAACGAAGGGUUCAAGUUUUGGGAACACGAGUGGGAAAAACACGGCACAUGUUCACAAUCCGUAAUGGACCAGCAUGACUACUUUGAUAAUUCUCUUAAACUCAGAGACAAAGCCAAUCUCCUCCAAAUCCUCACAAACUCCGGAAUCAAACCAGAUGAUGGAUUCUAUGAUCUUAUAAAGAUCAGAAACGCGAUAAAAGAUGCGAUUGGGUUUACGCCAGGAAUCGAAUGUAACAAAGAUCCCGAGCGUAACGACCAGCUUCACCAGAUCUACAUUUGCGUCGAUACAUCAGGAACUGAGUUUAUUGAAUGUCCAGUUUUGCCUAGAGGAAGAUGUCCUUCUCAGCUCCAGUUUGCUAAGUUUUAAUUAUAUGAUCUUUCUUUGAGUGCUUAAUUCGUUGUGGCAGAUGAUCACAAUUAAUUAUAUCUCUCGUUUUGUAAUCUUUUGAAAUUUCUCUCCUCUUUCCAUACCCCAAAUUUCACGUGGCCUCUAAAACGUGACAGUUUAUGUUACUUUAUCUAUAUUUAAUAAGAUAAACUUUGGUAUAA